AUGACGGUAGUUUGGGUUUUAGCGUGGUUUUUGAUCUUACAUGUCACAUUAAUAAAAGCGUGGUACCUACCUGGGAUAUCUCCGAUUAACUACUGCCAGGCACCGGCCGAUAGUGAUAAUUAUUGCAAGUCUCGCAUCACUGUAUACGUUAACAAAUUAACUUCAAAGAAGUCAUUCAUCUCUUUCCGUUAUGAUACAUUUGAUUUCUGUAGUUUGUCGUCAGAACCAUCUCCUGUCGAAAAUAUUGGACAGGUGGUUUUUGGAGAGCGUUUACUACCUUCCAGUUAUGAGAUUAAUUUCAACAAGGAAGAAACAUGCAAAGUUCUCUGUACAAAAGUGUAUUCCCUUGUUAAUUACAAGCAAUACGUAUUCAUCAACAAAGCGAUUAUGAUGGGUUAUGAACAUCAUUGGGUUAUGGAUAACUUGCCAGUUACACUCUGUGUACAAGCUGUAGAUGGGAAAAAGUACUGUAAAACUGCUAUUCCCCUGGGGUGUUAUGGUGGCAAUCAAGAUAAGUCUGAUUCAGUGUGUUUAGGCAUGCCAAUGAGCAAACAGGACGUGAUCUUAUUAAAUCACAUCGAUCUACAUGUUGUGUAUCAUCCGGUUAAAGAUUCUUGGAGUAGUGCGGGAAAUAUCAAAGCUGGACGUAUUUUGUCAGUGAUCGCCAGCCCUCGUAGUAUUGCUCAUUCAGACAAAGAAGUUGACUGCACAUCAAGGCGACCAUUAAUAUUACCGACAAACUUCAAUAAUGAUUUCAAGAUUACAUAUACUUACAGUGUGACAUUUGAAGAAGAUUUAACUCGUAAAUGGUCAUCACGUUGGGAUUAUAUUUUAGACACAAUGCCUCAGAGUAACAUUCAAUGGUUAUCUAUUUUAAACUCAUCUGUGCUGACACUGUUUCUUUCUGGUCUCCUUGCAACUAUUAUGUUGCGUACACUGCGUCGUGAUAUAGCUCGUUAUACAGAGCUUGAGAGUGCAACUGCUGUUCAAGAGGAAUCUGGUUGGAAGUUGGUGCAUGGUGAUGUAUUUCGUCCACCUAUUUGGUGCAUGUUAUUCUCUGUUCUAGUUGGUUCAGGAGUUCAAAUUUUUCAAAUGUUAUUGGUCACUUUAUUUUUUGCAUGCCUUGGAUUUCUAAGUCCAGCCAAUCGUGGUGCAUUGAUGACUUGUGCUAUGGCCUUAUUUGCUUGUUUAGGCGCAUCUGCAGGUUAUGUAUCGGCUAGAGUUUACAAAUUUUUCGGUGGCUUACGAUGGAAAACAAAUGUGAUAAUGACGGCAACAGUUUGUCCUGCAUUCGUCUUCUCACUAUUCCUGAUCUUAAAUUUUGCUCUAUGGAUUUUAGGCAGUGCCACUGCUACUCCAUUCGGUACUAUAGUGGCGCUUCUGGCAUUAUGGUUGUGUGUCAGUUUGCCUUUAUGUUUUCUUGGAGCAUUCUUUGGUUUUAGGCGACCAGUGUAUGAAACUCCUGUUCGUACUAACCAGAUACCACGACAAAUACCAUAUCAAAGUUUCUGUAGUCGACCAUUGAUGGCAUUUUUGUCGUUAUUCUUUAUAUUCAAUAGCAUCUGGGGAGCACAAUUCUAUUAUAUGUUUGGUUUUCUAUUUCUUGUUUUCAUUAUGCUUGUUAUUACUAUAUCUGAGACAUCUAUACUGAUGUGUUACUUUCAGUUGUGUGGAGAGGAUUAUCGAUGGUGGUGGCGUUCAUUGUAUACAGGGGCUGGAACAUCAUUCUAUCUAUUCAUAUAUUCUAUGCAUUAUUUUGUGACACGUUUAGAAUUCCGGGAUGCAGUUUCAGCGUUUCUCUACUUUGGAUACAUAACCAUCAUUCUAUGGCUUAACUUUUUAUUUACUGGUUGUAUUGGCUUCUAUGCAUGUUUCUGGUUCAUUAGAAAAAUCUAUGGGGUUGUUAAAGUGGAUUAA